CCCCAGGCGGCGGAAGUCGUCACUCAAAAGGUCGGAGCCACUAGCCGUGGAUCCCGGAAUAGGCUCGCCAUGGCGAUGGACGGCGGAGGUGGCGGCGGCGGCCCAGAGCAAGAGGACUCUGUGCUGUUCCAGCGCGGCACCGGGCAGAGUGAUGAUGGUGACAUUUGGGAUGAUACAGCAUUGAUAAAAGCCUAUGACAAAGCUGUGGCUUCAUUUAAGCAUGCUCUAAAGAAUGGUGACAUUUCUGAAGCUUCAGACAAACCAAAAGGCACACCUAAAAGAAAACCUGUUAAGAAGAAUAAAAGCCAAAAAAAGAACAUCACAACUCCAUUGAAACAGUGGAAAGUUGGUGACAAAUGUUCUGCUAUUUGGUCAGAAGAUGGCUGCAUUUACCCAGCUACCAUUGCUUCAAUUGAUUUUAAGAGAGAUACCUGCAUUGUGGUUUACACUGGGUAUGGAAAUAGAGAGGAACAAAAUCUAUCUGACUUACUUUUCCCAGCCUUUGAAGGAGUUAAUGUAGAGCAGAAUGCUCAGGAGAAUGAAAAUGAGAGUCAACUUUCAACAGAUGAAAGUGAGAAUUCCUCCAAGUCUCCUGGAAAUAAACCAAACUACAUAAAGUCAAAAGCUACUCCAUGGAACUCUUUUCUGCCUCCACCACCCCCCAUGCCAGGAUCAGGACUGGGACCAGGAAAGUCAGGUCUAAAAUUCAAUGGCCCACCACCCCCACCUCCACCCCCCUUCCUAUCAUGCUGGCUGCCUCCACUUCCUUCUGGACCACCAAUAAUUCCCCCUCCACCUCCCAUGUGUCCAGAUUCUCUUGAUGAUGCUGAUGCUUUGGGAAGCAUGUUAAUCUCUUGGUACAUGAGUGGCUAUCAUACCGGCUACUACCUGGGUUUCAAACAAAACCAAAAAGAAGGAAGAUGCUCACAUUUCAAUUAGGAAUGAGAAAGCAAGUGAAAAGAUUUGCCUUGGUGGAACUCCAUACAACCUCAGCUCAGCCCCCGAGCAACUGCUUCCACCAGGCCCCAUGGAGUCUUGUCUUGAACAUGAAUAAUUUGGGAUUUGGGCCAGGACUAAGUAGAACUCUUCCUCAGAUUUCUGGAGCUCCUCUUCUCCAAUUCUUCCUCUCCAGACCCUGUUCCCUCAAAUUCCAGCUGCCUUAUUCCAAGGCCCAAAUUGUGUUCUCUUUCUUCCAGUCAGGAAGACCAAUACUCUGGGCAUGGUCUCCACCUCCCAUGUUGCAAUUUGGAAAUCACAUCCAGUCAGAAGGGGGUGAAUAUGAAGCUCACUUGAUGUUUUUCCCUUUCUCAAGGAUCUCAGCCCUGUGAUAUUUGGUUUGGAAUGUCUGGAAAUAGUUGCAUCAUAUAUUCUACCCAGUUUUAUAGUUUAUAGCAGGAGAGCAAGUCCCCUACCAUCUAUUCCCCAUAUUUUUGUAAUCCUAGUUGAUGUAAACAAACAUACUUGGCUGGGUGGCAUAAUUCAUUGCAUCACUUGGCCCAUUUUGGAACAGUUAAUUUUCAGUUAUUGCAUGUUUUCUGAAAGAUUAGUUUAUUGUGACGCUUUAAAUAGAAUGUACUAAACAAUGAUAUUGUACUCCAUACCUUUCAAGUACAUGAGAUUUAGACAUCAGAUUUGUGAUUUUUGAUAUAUGUUUUUACACAAUAAUAAGUUUAUUUGGCACCUUUUUGCUUAACAUUUCAUAGAAUUGUUUUUGUGAGUUGAUGAUUUAAUUUCAUAUAAUGGGUCCUAGAUGCUAAAUAGUUCAGUGGAUCAUCACAUGUUCUCAUAUUGUUCCCCCAAAAGAAUAAACUUGUUAAUAAAGCCCUCAUUCUUCACACUUACCUUAGUGUUAUAGUUUAUUUAAUAAUUAUUUAUUCCUCUAUUGUUAUUCUUGUUUAGAAAAUAAAAGUUCCAAAAAAGUUUGAAUCUUUUUUUGAAACAUUCAAUUUAUUUUUUUUUAACAACAUGGUUUUAAUAAUUGUUGCUUUGUUAUAUAUUUAUAAAUCUGAUAUAUGUUGAAAUGAAAAAAGUAAGGUGCCGAGCUGUGUUUAUUAUGCUACCUGUCAUUUAUGGAAAUAUAUGUUUAUGGUUGUAUGUGCAUUGAUUACCAUCUCAGGAAUGAUUUCAAGAUAGUUACCUCUGAAGGACUGGAAGACACAGGGAUGGAAGGGAGACUUUUCAGAAUAUACUGUUGUAUUUUUUAUUUUUGUGCCAUGUACAUUUAUUGCCAAUAAAAUAAAUAAUGUGUAAUUAACAUAAAUCUAGUAAGACGGAUCUAUCACUACUCCUUUAAAUUUUAU